AUUGUACAAGCCCCGUAAUCCCUGUUAACUUACUUUUGGUUUCAACAACUCUUUAUAUACUACUGGUAAAACGUCCACGGUGCCCUUUAAAUUCUUCAGAAAACUGGAACUGCUUGUAGAAAUUCCAAUGGGAAACAUUCCUUUUUAUCUUCUGCAUUUUGUCUUUAUUUGUGUUUCAUUUCAGUCCAGUUUUAUUAUCGCUUGCAAUCACGAAUAUGGGAAGAGAAAUAUAACUUCAUGUUCAGAUCUUCAUCUCGUUAAAUUCUUUAAUGUGCAAGCAUACGGUGCAGUAGGCAACGGAUUAGAAGAUGAUACACUGGCAUUCUCACGGGCAUGGGCUGCCGCUUGUGAAUCUCCUUCCACAACAUUGCUUGUGCCUGGCCCUAAAACAUUUCUUUUGAAGCAUUCAAUUUUCACUGGUCCGUGUCAGCCAGGUUUUAAUUUUCAGAUAGACGGAACAAUAGUUGCACCAAAAUAUCCUGUACAAUCGACGAAUUCAAGAGUAUGGCUUGAAUUUAAGCGACUUAAACAUUUUAGUCUGACCGGAAGGGGCAUGAUUCUUGGACAAGGAAGUGGAUGGUGGUAUUUAGCUUGCAGGGUGGUAAAUUACAAGCGGUUCUGUAGAAGGUUGCCAACGGCCAUUCAAUUCGAAUAUAGCAGAGGGAUUAUAAUUUCAGGAAUUACGAUUAUAGAAAGUCCUCGCUCUCAUUUGAAUUUUCUUGGAUGUCACAAUGUCGAAGUCCUCUCAGUUAGAAUUUUGGCACCCGAAAACAGUCCAAAUACAGAUGGAAUUCAUAUAGAAUUUUCCACAAAUGUUUUAGUACGCGACUGCGUUAUCGGCUCAGGGGAUGACUGUAUCUCAGUCGGUAAAGGAUCUUCCAACAUCACAAUACAAGAUCUUACAUGCGGACCAGGUCAUGGAAUAAGUGUGGGAAGCCUUGGUAAAAGGCAUUCAACGGACGAGGUUUCCAACGUAUUGAUAGACGGCGCCAAAUUGAUAUCAACUCAAAAUGGAUUAAGAAUCAAAACAUGGCAGGGAGGUACAGGCCUGGCAAGCAAUAUUGUAUUUUCCAAUGUUCAAAUGGUAGACACAGCCAAUCCAAUAAUAAUCGAUCAAUACUAUUGUGAUUCACCAAUGCCCUGCCCCAAUCAGACGUCUGCAGUUCGAGUCACAAACGUAACAUUCAAAGACAUUAUAGGAACUUCUGCAACAAAAGUAGCAGUGCGUCUUUCCUGCAGCAAAAGCAUACCAUGUACAGGCAUAAUUCUGAGUGACAUAUCUUUGAAGCUGACCUCAGGUGGGCAGCCUGAAUCUUAUUGUGAAAAUGCCAAGGGAACAACAUGGGGAACCGUAAACCCUCCAAGCUGCCUUCUCUAAAUUUGUUUACCUGCUGAAGAUUAAAUCUCGUGCAGAUAACAAUGAACGAAAAGAUAGAUUGCAUAAACAUGAAAAAUGUGUUUUCAGAAGAAAAUGAAGAUCCUUAGUAUGAAUCUAGAAUCAGAAACUUUGUACAGUGGUAGAUAACAAAAUUACUGAAAAAAUAACAAAAUGCAGAGAAGCAAGUAUACUGCAGCCAUUUCAUGUUUAGCAUAUAAUUGAAAGCGGACUUUAAAAAAAUUAAGAGAGGUUAUGCAUAACCUGCAAUUUGAUCGUCA